AUGGCAAGUGGAGACAACUCCAAUAGUUCAGUGGAUCUCAAGAUCCCGGUACCGAAGGGCGAAACACUGAAGGAUUUCACCAGGUACAAGGGGGCUGUGCAGGCGGCGGAGCUAGGACGCGAGUCAAAGGCGCACGAGAUCCAGACGUAUGGUAACCUCUCCAUCUUGUUGAUCGCGGGAUACUUCAUGGCCGUGCUUGUCAUCUACACCGUCUGCUGGCUCUUCCUGCUGCUCCUGCCAGAGUCCUGCCAGUUCACUUCGUUGCACCGCCAGCGCCGGAAGGCGCGCAUCCGCCUGUACAAAAGCUUCGGCGGCACCGGCCGGUACGCCCGCGCCAGCUGGGGCAACUUGUUGGACUUCGGCGUGACGAUCGUGUCGCUGGCCUCGUGCCUGAUGUACGUGGUGGAGACGUACAUGCCGUUCCUCUCGGUGGACACCUCGUGGGUAAUCGCCGAGGUCGUGGUAUCGGCCAUGUUGUUUGCGGAGUACCUCCUCACCUUGUUAUUGGUCAACGACCCGCUGAAUUACAUAUUCUCCUUGUUCGGCCUUGUCAACGUGGUCACCACCUUGCCCGUGUUCGUGAACAGCUGGCGGGCGCGCCACUCCGACGCAGAGCCGACGAGCCUCCGGCGGAGCGUGGGCUUCCGGUUGCCGCGCAGGGUCUCCGGCGCCUCCUGCCUCGUGGCGUGGGUGCGGGAGGUCAGGGAGCCCCAGCGUGCCUCGAGCGCAGCUCGGGCCGCCAGGUCCCUGGCCCUCGCGGCGUUGGGCGGCGUCGGGUGGCGCUGGUUGGCGCUGAGGGAAUGGAGCAAGGUGCGGAAUCUCGAGAUGCCAGCCUGCAAGGAGUCCCUACAGGUGAAGCCGAUGAGGAUGCUCUUGUACGCCAGGGUCAAGGGAGAGACCGCCUGCAGCGAGCGGCCCUAUGCGGCCUCGCAGAUGGUGAGCAACAAGCCCGAGGUGCUCGCGUGCGCCGGGUGCCUGGCCUUCGCCGGGUCGCUGGAGCAGCAGGUGGACCUGCUGUGCGGGGGCGGGGCGGGGGGCGGGCCCGCGGAGGCUGGGGCCAAGCCAGCCGCCUGGCGGCUGCCUUGGCGGCCGCUGCCGGGGGCCGAGGACUGCGGGGCCGAGGAGCGCGAGCCUAUGAAGUGCGGGUGCGGCGAGACGUUCUGCAGCGAGGACUGCCUCGAGAGGUCCGGGCACAGGUACGCGUGCGUGGCCGGCAUCCCGGACGGCGCGCUCGGGGAGGCGCACCCGCUGCUGCGCUUCAAACGGCACGCGGUGAGCACCUCCGCGCUGUAUCUCUUCGUGGGCCGCGCGCUGGCGCAGUCGGGGUACGAGCUGGAGAGGGCACAGGGCCAGGAGGACCUCCUGGCGCCCCUCGCGCCCCUGGCGGCGAUGGUGGCCGAGCCCUGGUGGGACGUCGCCGUCCCGCCGCAGCCCCCGAGCCGGAGGGACCUCAAGGGUGAUGUGCCUAAGCCAAUCGAUGCCGACAUGGUCGAACUGCUGACUGUCUCCAAUCCGAGCCUCUUGCUCAGCCGAGAAUUUACAAAGAUGACGGGCCAACUCGAAGCAACCAUCGACGACGGCACGAUCGGCGGCAGCGAUUCUACCCAAAGAGGCACCCUUCUUCGCAUAUUCGUCCGCAGCCUUGUUGCCGAGAUACUCAAGUCGACUGAGCUUCCCAUUCUCGACAUCACGAAGGCUGGCCCCGGGGAAAACUGUAGCAUGGCGGACAAGGGAGACCACAGCGUAGUCCUCACCGUCGCGAGCGACCUGGGCUGGAGCAACGCUUAA